ACCAAAUCCAAUAGCACAAAGUCAAAGAAGACUCUAGAAGAAGACAAAGCUUGCAAUGAUCAUCAAAAUGAAAAAAACACAAAAAGCAUAUUAUCUUGUUUUGAAAACAUCAAUGUAAUUAUAAUUACAAUCUUUGUUCCUCUUCAUAUUCAUGGCUUUCAACAUGAUGUUUCUUCUAAUCCUUGUUCUUGUUUUACAAAUUUUUCUAAUACCAACUUUCUAUUGCCACACCAAUUUAUCUCAAAGCCAAAACAUUGAAAUUUUUUAUCCAAUUGAAACUGAUGAACAACCAAAACCAACACAACCAUCACCAAUACCAAUACCAAUACCAUCAUCCACAAAAUCUUCUUCAAAUAGUAAAAUAGUAACUGCUGUAGCUGCAUCUGCAACAGGAACAUUAGUUCUUUCUGCUCUAAUUUUCUUCUUUGUUAUGAAGUGCUUUAGAGCAAAAAGAAGAAAUGUUGUGAUUGUAAACAAUAACAACACUUCUUCUUUAGAUCAUGGAAAUGGUAUGCCUCAAGUGAAAGUGAUUGAGAAAAUGGAAGGUAAAAUCAAAGGGCUUAUUAUUGAUGAAGAUGGUUUAGAUGUUGUUUAUUGGAGAAAACUUGAAGAUCAAAACUCUAAUAAGGAUUUGCAAAAGGGUGGUCCUAAAAAAAAACAAUAUUAUGAUCACAAUCACAAUGAAGAAAAUCAAGGGAAAAAUUUAGAGUCAUCAAGGAAAAAAUCAAGGGAAAAUCAAGAAACUCAUUUGCUUAGAGGAAAAUCUUCAACUUCACACAUGAAUAUAUUUCCACAAGAAUCAUCAUAUACAAUUAUGAAAAUUACACCUCCUGCACCUCCUCCUAUUAUUCCUACUCAACCAUUUUCUUUAGACCUUCUUCCUUCAUCGCCGAAACGGCUAAAACCACCCUCAACUUCUUUCUCAUCAAUUCCAAAACAUUCAAAUCCUUUUGUCUCAUCAAUUCCGAAUAUGACGAAUGAUGAAACGCCAGUAAUAUCUGAUGAUAGAAUGAGUCAAAAACCGCAGCCACCUCCUCCUCCUCCUCCACCAAUACCUGAUAGAAAAAGUUCAGCACCGACGCCUCCUCCUCCUCCUCCACCAAUACCGGAUAGAAAAAGCUCAGCACCGGCGCCUCCUCCUCCUCCUCCACCAAUUCCAAAUAGAAAGAGUUCUGCAACACCGCCACCACCACCUCCUCCUCCAGUAACUGGUGGAAAGAGUCCUGCACCACCACCCCCGCCGAAGACAGGUGGAUUGAAAUUGAAGUCAUCAUCAAAACCACCACCUAUCCCUAUUGAAACAUCUUCAAGUGAAGUAAAAAUGAAACCGUUGCAUUGGGAUAAGGUGAAUACUAAUCUUGACCACUCUAUGGUGUGGGACAAAAUCGACCGUGGUUCAUUCAGGGUUGAUGAUGAUCUUAUGGAAGCUCUCUUCGGGAUUGUUGCAGCCAAUUCAAACAAAUCAGACGGUAACACUUCAAAAGGAAAGGAAUCAACAAGUCCAAACAGGGAUGCAUCGACAAAUGCUUUCAUUCUUGACCCUAGAAAAUCACAAAACACUGCUAUAGUUUUGAAAUCUCUUGCAAUCUCACGAAAAGAAAUCAUUGAAGCACUCAUUGAUGGUCAAGGCCUCAAUGCAGAUACAAUUGAAAAGCUUUCAAGAGUAGCUCCAACAAAAGAAGAACAAUCCCAAAUACUUGAAUAUCAAGGAGACCCAACAAAACUUGCAGCAGCUGAAUCUUUCUUGUACCACGUCCUCAAAGCAGUUCCUUCGGCAUUUAAGCGCUUGAAUGCAAUUCUAUUCAGGUUGAAUUAUGAAUCGGAGAUUGUAGAAAUCAAGGAGUUUCUGCAGACCCUUGAGCUAGCGUGUAAGGAGCUUCGAAACCAAGGAGUUUUUGUGAAGCUUCUUGAAGCAGUUCUUAAGGCCGGAAACCGUAUGAAUGCAGGUACUAACAGAGGUAAUGCUCAAGCUUUCAACUUGGUUUCUCUAAGGAAACUCUCUGAUGUUAAGAGUGUUGACGGAAAAACCACAUUGCUUCACUUUGUGGUUGAAGAAGUAGUCCGUUCCGAAGGAAAACGCGCGGUUCUUAACCGCAAUCAUAGUUUGAGUCGUAGUUUCAGUAGGAGCAAUAGCAGCAGUGGCAUUGGAGACUCUAUGGAUUCUGCUACUUCAAAGGAACAAAAACAAAGGGAAUAUACAACACUAGGAUUACCAAUUGUAGGAGGGGUCAGUGCUGAGUUUUCCAAUGUAAAGAAAGUUGCUCAAACAGAUUACAAUAGUUUUGUUGGUUCUAUCUCAGCACUCUUGGCAAAGAUAGUUGAAAUUCGGCAACUUGUUUCGCAGUGUGGAAAAAAUGAUAAAGAUGGAAAGUUUAUCAGAGAGAUGAACCAUUUUCUUGAAAAUGCUGAAAAGGAAAUGCAAUUGGUGAGUGAAGAACAAACAAGGGUAAUGCAGCUUGUUAAGAGAACAACGGAUUAUUAUCAAGGUGGAGCUUCAAAAGACAGUGCAGGAGAACAGCCUCUUUAUCUAUUUGUUAUAGUCAAGGAUUUUCUUGGAAUGGUUGAUCAAGCCUGUAUAGAUAUCACUCGAAACAUGCAGAAAAAGAAGAUACCUAAGGCAAAGUCUUAAAAACAGCCUACGUUCGCAAUGUCCGUGACAUCAACAUUUUUCAAGUCUCUGUGAGGCCAUACAAGUCGUAUUUGACUGCAAUUUUUCACAACAAUGAAAAUAGCGACCUUCGCUAUUUUAAACCUUGCACGACAAAUUAAGGGUGGAAGUCAGCAGAGGGAUGAGCAGAAAAGUCUUUUUGAGGUGUCAAACCUGCCGGAACAUAGCAGGUCAAACAAUUCUAGGAUUAGUAAAACUGUUUCAACUUUUUCCUAUGUCACCAAUUACCCAAGGAGCUGAAAUUCUGUCAUGACAGGACCAAUUUGUGUCUGGAAAAUUAAGCUAAUAUCUCCUUGUCUUUAUGAUACUAUAAAAUGUAGGUGUUACUUGUAUAGAGAACUAUUGUUCACGAGCCUUUUUGAAGUCUAGUGUAUAUAGAUGUUGGAUUCUUUUGGCAUUAACAGUACUUGCAACAUAUUUUCUUGUUUACUAUUACUAUGUUUGUAGCAUUCCAGUGCUAGAAUAAUGUUUGAAUUUUUAACUUUGAAAAGAUCCCACCAUUUCUGAAAAAGUCUUAAUACAGUUCAUGUUCCAGAA